GAAAGUUGUCAUGCAAAUGACACUUAAUUGUAACAGAGAAUGAAGAAAAAUAUAGACAACAUUUUUGCAAAACAAUUUUUUUUUCCAUAAAGCAUUAGCUGUUUAAGCAUGGAUGAGCCAGGUAGUCCCUCAUACUAACAAGUAUGCACUGCUGGGGCUCCUAGUGGCAGAAUAAGCUCCCGAAGUGAAUUUGCAUAAUACAAUGUAUUAUUAACAAAGAAUGUAACAGCAGAGACUGGAUUUAUGGAAGUGGAAGCUGGGACAGGGCUGAUCACAAACUUGACUAGUCCCACUACUGGAAGCCCCCACUGGCAAGGUUCAUUUUAGUAGCAGUAUUUGCAAAGGAGAAAGAUUGUGAUGUACAGCGUCUUUUACACACACAGACACCCUUCCAGCCUCCCACAUCAGCUUGUCCCAGCUGCUGCGGCUCCUCACUCCUCCUCCGCAAAAGCUAAAGUAAAACACAGCUGUUCCUGUUCCACCGAAACAAGGCGACUAACAGGUGACCUGCAGUGCCCAGUAAUGCACACGCAUCAGCCGCGCCGCUGGGCACGGAGGCUGUAGCGGCUGCUUCCUGCUUUCGCGGAAGUGGAAGGAAUCGGGAUCGGACACUCCCCUUGAGUGAUCCUUGCUCCGGCCUCGCCUUUCCCACUUGUGCAAGCAAGUAAAGCGCCCUGCUCCAUGGAGAUCCCCCCGUCCCACUACCCAGCUACGAGAGCAGCCGUCGUAGCUGUGAACUACAUCAACUACCAGCAUGGCAGCCCCAGCAAGAUCUUUAUGUUGCAGGAGGUGACCAAAGCCAGCAGGGAGGACAUUCCUGAUGUUGGGCAUAAAUACCACCUUAAAUUUUCACUAGAAGAUAUCCUCCACAAGGACAAUGCCAUUAACUGCACUGCUGAAAUUCUUUAUCUUCUGAGCAACCAACGUACUGCGCCACAAGUGCAUUUUACAGUGGAAGGAGAAUUUGGGAAGAACACAGAUGAAGCAGAUAACAAAUUUUACAACAGAAUCAGGAGCCUUCAAGAACCGUUGGUUGCACAAAAUAUUCCAGACAAUUAUGGCAACACAUCCCCAGAAAUGGAGCCCAUCAGCCACCUAGCCCGAGUGGCCUGUGGUUAUAUAAUAUGGCAGAACUCCACUGAAAACACAUUGUACAAUUUGAUUCAAAUCAGAGAUGUCAGGCAGGUGAAAAGAAACGAUGAUUACUUGGAAUUUGACUACACGGUCCUACUUCAUGAUAUUGUUUCACAGGAAAUUAUUCCUUGGCAAAUGCAAGUUCUUUGGCAUCCACAGCAUGGAGUUAAAGUAAUAAAGAACAGCUGUCAGCCAAAACAUGCAGAGCAGGACUAGAAGCAUAUCCAAUAUGGCAAUAAUAGAUGCUCCGAAGCUAUGGUGAUGGAGAAGUAAUAUAUGUAGACAGGUGUAUAGACAGACUAAGUGAUAAACAAUAUCCUCACUCACUCAGUGAAACCCUCUAUUCCUUCCAUGUGUAUUUUACUUCAUGCCCAAACAAAUCAAAAUAAAUGUUAUGUAUUUCUUCUC